CAGCCCGCUCGCUUUGCUGGGUCUGUCUCUUCCCCGCUGCUGCUCCCUGGGCUGCUCCUUACCGACUCCCUGGCAGACUGCAGUAGUAAAUACCUGGCCUCCCAAAGAUUAAUCCCCAGGAGCCAGACGCCUGGCAACACUCCCACCUUACCUCCGGUUUCCUGCCCUCUGGAGUGUGUGAGAAAGAUGAGAAAAAGUUUGCUCACUUUGGAAACUCGAUAGGAGGCAGCAGCUGAUCUUCCCAUCACCAGCCUAAAAAUAAUCCACUCUAGGGUUUGGAGCUGCUUCACAAAGUGGAGGAGAAUCCUGCCAUCGGAAUGAUAUUGAUCACAUAGCACAACCAACGAAAAACUGGGUUUGAUGUUUGUUAGUGUAUAUAUAAAGAUUGAAGCAAUGAAAGUCGCAUUUUGUGGUAAUGACAACACUUCUGCCUAUAACGUCAGUGCUGGCGUCCUAAAAAAUGUCUGCUUUGUGGAUGCCCUCAACCUGGUUCCCCAUGUCUUCCUGCUAUUUAUCACCUUUCCAAUUUUGUUUAUUGGCUGGGGAAGCCAAAGCUCAAAAGUCCAGAUUCAUCACAACACAUGGCUGCAUUUUCCUGGACACAAUCUACGGUGGAUUCUGACAUUCACCCUCCUGUUUGUACAUGUCUGUGAAAUAGCAGAGGGCAUAGUUUCAGAUACACGAAUGAAUUCUCACCACCUGCAUCUCUUCCUGCCAGCUAUGAUGGGAUUUGUGGCUGCCACCACAGCUAUUGUCUAUUAUCAUAAUAUUGAAACAUCUAACUUUCCAAAAUUACUGCUUGCUCUCUUUCUUUACUGGAUAAUGGCAUUUGUCACAAAAACCAUCAAGCUCAUCAGAUACUGCGAGGAUGGAGUGCCGCUCUCUCAACUGCGCUUCUGCAUCACUGGAAUCAUGGUCAUUCUCUAUGGGCUGCUGAUGGCUGUGGAGAUCAACGUCAUUCGAGUGAGGAAGUAUGUAUUUUUUAUGAACCCUCAGAAAGUAAAGCCACCCGAAGACCUGCAGGAUCUGGGUGUGAGAUUUCUUCAGCCAUUUGUCAAUUUGCUGUCAAAGGCAACUUAUUGGUGGAUGAAUCCGCUUAUUAUAUCGGCUCACAAGAAACCGAUUGAUCUGAAGGCAAUUGGGAAGCUGCCAAUAGCAAUGCGAGCACUUACAAACUAUGUUUGUCUGAAAGAAGCAUAUGAAGAGCAAAAGAAAAAGGUGGCAAACCAGCCGAAUCGGAUUCCCUCUAUAUGGUUAGCAAUGUACAGGGCUUUUGGACGGCCAAUCCUUCUUAGCAGCACCUUCCGUUACUUGGCUGACCUGCUGGGAUUUGCUGGGCCACUAUGCAUUUCUGGCAUAGUCCGUAGCUUCCAAAAUACUAAUCAAAAUUAUACAACAAGUGCAAAAGAUCCAUCAAAUCCAUACCUCUCCUCACAGGAUUUUUUCAGAAAUGUCUAUGUCCUACCAGUUCUUCUCUUCCUGGCCCUCAUUCUGCAGAGGACAUUUCUGCAGGCUUCCUAUUAUGUCACCAUAGAAACUGGCAUCAACUUACGAGGUGCCUUACUGGCAAUGAUAUACAACAAGAUCCUGAGGCUGUCCACGUCCAACUUGUCCAUGGGAGAGAUGACCUUGGGACAGAUCAAUAAUUUGGUUGCCAUAGAAACAAAUCAGCUGAUGUGGUUCUUGUUUCUGUGUCCCAAUCUCUGGGCCAUGCCCGUUCAGAUCAUAAUGGGUGUGAUCCUCCUUUAUUAUUUACUUAAAGAAAGUGCAUUGGUUGGUGCCGCUGUUAUUGUAUUGCUUGCUCCAAUACAAUAUUUCAUAGCUACAAAGCUGGCUGAGGCUCAGAAGAGCACGCUUGAUUAUUCUACUGAGAGAUUAAAGAAAACCAAUGAGAUCUUGAAAGGCAUUAAGCUGUUGAAGUUGUAUGCCUGGGAGCACAUAUUUUGUACUAGCGUAGAGGAAACCAGAACGAAGGAGCUCAAAAGUCUCAAAACCUUUGCACUUUACACAUCUCUUUCCAUUUUUAUGAAUGCAGCCAUCCCAAUCGCAGCUGUUCUUGCAACUUUUGUGACCUAUGAAUAUACAAAUGACACAACACUGCAGCCAGCACAGGCCUUUGCAUCACUGUCAUUGUUUCACAUCCUGGUCACACCACUGUUCCUGCUCUCCACUGUGGUUAGAUUUGCAGUCAAAGCCAUAAUAAGUGUACAGAAGCUAAAUGAAUUUCUCCUAAGUGAUGAGAUUGGAGAGGACAACUGGAGAAGUGCAGAGAGCUCUGUGACCUAUGAAUCCUGUAAGAAGCAUACGGGACUUUAUACCAAAGCCAUAAACAGGAAACACCCCUUGAGGCAUCAGCUGAACACUUAUGAGCAGUCAUCUGGGAGGCAUCCACGUCCCUUAGAGAUAGAUGAUACUGCAAUCCAGGUUACCAAUGGUUAUUUUUCAUGGGGAAGCGGCCUAGCCACAUUAUCGAAUAUAAACAUCAAAAUCCCAACAGGUCAGAUGACAAUGAUUGUGGGUCAAGUUGGCUGUGGGAAAUCUUCACUUCUUCUGGCUAUACUUGGUGAGAUGCAGACCCUGGAAGGAAAAGUUCACUGGAACAACAUAAAUGAAACUGACUCUUCUUGUGAAGCAACCGGAAGUAGAAACAGGUAUUCAGUGGCUUAUGCGGCACAGAAGCCAUGGCUGUUGAAUGCUACCGUGGAGGAAAACAUUAUCUUUGGGAGUCCUUUUAACAAACAAAGAUAUAAAGCUGUUACGGAUGCAUGCUCUUUGCAGCCAGACAUUGAUCUAUUACCAUUUGGCGAUCAGACAGAAAUUGGAGAAAGGGGGAUUAACUUAAGUGGAGGCCAGCGGCAGAGAAUCUGUGUAGCUCGAGCACUCUAUCAAAAUACCAACAUGGUCUUCUUGGAUGAUCCAUUCUCUGCACUGGACAUUCACUUAAGUGAUCAUUUGAUGCAGGAAGGUAUCUUGAAGUUCCUCCAAGAAGACAAAAGGACACUUGUUCUAGUGACACAUAAAUUACAAUAUCUGCCACAUGCAGAUUGGAUCAUAGCUAUGAAGGAUGGUUAUGUGCUCAGAGAAGGGACAUUGAAAGACAUCCAGACCAAAGAUGUUGAACUGUAUGAGCACUGGAAAACUCUGAUGAAUCGCCAAGACCAAGAAUUAGAAAAGGAUAUGGAAACUGACCAGACUACUUUGGAAAGAAAAACUCUCCGAAGAGCAAUGUACCCAAGAGAAUCUAAAGCACAACUGGAGGAUGAGGAUGAAGAGGAAGAAGAAGAGGAAGAGGAUGAUGAUAAUAUGUCAACAGUAAUGCGACUUAGAACAAAGAUGCCUUGGAAAACCUGUUGGAGAUAUCUUACCUCUGGAGGAUUUUUCUUACUGUUUCUUAUGAUUUUCUCCAAGCUCUUGAAACACUCCGUCAUAGUAGCUAUAGAUUACUGGCUGGCAAGAUGGACAUCCAGGGACAAUGAAACUAAAGCCAGCGAUUCCACAGACCAGAAGCAGUCUUAUCACGUAGCUGUGUUCAGUGUGCUUUGUGGAGCAGGAAUCAUCCUUUGCCUCAUCACGUCCCUGACUGUGGAAUGGAUGGGCCUUACAGCAGCCAAGAACCUUCAUCACAAUCUCCUCAAUAAGAUCAUCCUAGGACCAAUCAGAUUCUUUGACACAACUCCUCUGGGGUUAAUUCUAAAUCGCUUCUCUGCUGAUACAAAUAUUAUUGAUCAGCACAUUCCCCCUACUCUGGAGUCUCUUACCCGGUCCACUCUGCUCUGCCUGUCUGCUAUUGGAAUGAUUUCAUACGCCACUCCGUGGUUCCUUGUUACUCUUGUACCCCUUGGGGUAGCUUUUUACUUCAUCCAGAAAUACUUCAGAGUGGCUUCCAAGGAUCUGCAGGAGCUUGAUGACAGCACCCAACUACCUUUACUCUGUCACUUCUCAGAAACAGCUGAAGGCCUCACUACCAUCAGAGCAUUUAGGCAUGAAGCCAGGUUUAAACAACAUAUGCUGGAACUAACAGACACGAACAACAUUGCCUACUUGUUUCUGUCAGCUGCCAACAGAUGGCUGGAGGUCAGGACGGACUAUUUGGGUGCUUGCAUAGUUCUUACUGCCGCUGUUACUUCCAUCAUCUACGAGCCCGAUUCUGGGUUUCUGGGACUGGGUCUCCUCUAUGCACUGACGAUAACCAACUAUUUGAACUGGGUUGUAAGAAAUUUAGCUGACUUAGAGGUGCAGAUGGGUGCUGUGAAAAAAGUGAACAGCUUCCUGACCAUGGAAUCUGAAAACUACGAAGGCACUAUGGACCCUUCUCAAGUCCCGAAAGACUGGCCACAAGAGGGGGAAAUCAAGAUUGAAAACUUGUGUGUCCGAUAUGAAAAUAACCUGAAGCCUGUUCUGAAGCAUGUGAAGGCUUACAUCAAGCCAGGACAGAAGGUUGGGAUCUGUGGUCGCACUGGCAGUGGAAAAUCAUCAUUAUCCUUGGCUUUCUUCAGAAUGGUAGACAUAUUUGAUGGAAGGAUUGUGAUUGAUGGAAUAGACAUUUGUAAACUGCCCCUGCACACUCUCCGUUCCAGACUCUCAAUUAUUCUCCAAGACCCCAUACUGUUCAGUGGUUCCAUUCGCUUUAAUUUGGAUCCGGAAUGCAAAUGCACUGAUGAUAGGCUUUGGGAAGCUCUGGAAAUUGCUCAGCUGAAGAACAUGGUCAAAUCAUUGCCAGGAGGUCUUGAUGCGGUGGUAACAGAAGGGGGUGAGAAUUUCAGUGUGGGCCAGAGACAGCUCUUCUGUCUGGCCAGAGCCUUUGUUCGCAAGAGCAGCAUUCUCAUCAUGGAUGAAGCCACAGCUUCCAUUGACAUGGCCACCGAAAACAUUUUGCAGAAGGUUGUGAUGACUGCCUUUGUGGACCGCACAGUUGUAACAAUAGCUCACCGAGUGUCUCAGAUCUUGGAUUCAGACCUUGUGUUAGCCCUUUCCGAUGGUUUUCUAGUUGAGUGUGAUGCUGCUUCAAACUUGCUCCUCAAAGAGGAUGGCCUGUUCACCACUCUGGUGAAGACUAACAAGUAGAUUCUCUCGGUCCACACUGGUCGCAAGACUUCUGGCUCUCCGCAUCGGGUUCACACUAUUCUGACUGCGGACAUGGUCAUUGUGAUGAAGCGAGGGAACAUUUUGGAGAAUGACACACCGGAGAACCUGCUAUCUCAGGAAGAUAGCAUCUUUGCUUCUUUUGUCCGGGCUGACAUGUGAAGGGUUGCUAAAUCACAUGGUGUAUUUUUAAUAGCUGAUUUUUAAACAAAUGAAAUCCAAAUAUUUUCUAUUCAGUAUAGCAUCACCUUAGCCUUUUUAAAGGUUUCUCUCUCCAUGUGUCUAUCUUUAAAUAAUAAAGCCCAUUGCAAUCCAUGUAUGCUUCAAAACUGUGCCAAAUGCCAUUAAACUCCUCCUCUCUCCCCACCACACCCACAUUUGCAAUGGUUUGAUUUCUUAGGAGUCUGACAUUUUUUUGGGGAGUCACCAAUGGUGUUUUAAACUCAUGUAAUGAGCAAACACAUUUGCUGCUAUUUGGAAUGACAGAUGUUACCUUAGAACCAGUGAUCCACAUGGUUUAAUUGGUUCAGAGAGCUUAAAGAGCUCCCAGGUGUAACCCACCCUUGGGGAAAAAAUAAGCUCCUGAUGGGUGGUGUGAGCUGAUGCAUUCCACAAACAGACUUUUCCUGCCAAAGUAUCUUUGUAACUAAGGAUAAAAAACUUCUCUUAAAAGCAUAAUGUAGCAGCAUCCAAAAACAGAAAUCCUCCACUUCAAUAUACAUGCACUAGUUAGAAAAACGCCAUCUUUUAAAUGCUAUGGUGGUUACCAUCCAUGGCUAUCAUAGAUGCUUAGCCUCUUAUGUUAUAGUGGCUCUUGCUCUCUUUUUGGUAUGAAUAUGUUUUUUCAUUACAUGCUGGUGUAUUGUACGGAGGACACAGGAAUCUGCUCUUCCCAGUGGUGAUGGCAAGACAAUAUCAAAGUAAAGAGCGAGGAUGUUAUAAAGUAAAAAUGAAGCUCAGUAUUUUCAAAGUCUGAUGUUAGGCUCCUAAAUCCAUAUUUGGUCUGUGGACUCUUAAAAGUCAAAAGGCCCAAAUCAUCCCUGGUAUAAUUAUAUUGGCUUCAAUAGGCUUCCAUUGGGGAUGAAUUUCAUUCAGCAUAUUAAGGUUCACUAUUAAGGUUAAUAUAGACUUGGAAGCCUGGCUGAAGUAUUCCAGUUAAUAUGUAAGGUCUGAGCUUGCAUUCAGUCUUAACCUUUUUGUGGUGUUCUCUUAUGGCCCUCCGUUUCUCCUCUCUCUCCCCUCAAAAAAUAGUCUUCGCAUUUCUGCGACACUUCUUAAUCACAUCCUGAGCCCAAGAACAUGAUUUUCAAAACAGGCUAGAGGAUUUGGAUAAAUCCGAAUGGAAGGUAUGUGUCUAAAUUCCUUGUGUGCCUUUAAAAGUCUCAACUGGAGAUCUCUCUAUAGCGGACUAAUAUUUAGGACUAGAUUUUGUACUUCCCUUUGUGCACAUAAAUCCCACUGUACUAAUGGGAAUUUUUCAUACAUUCUUUCAAGGGCAGAAUCUGGCCCAUAAGCUUUUUUUGUGGGGCUGAUACUAUUCAACACAAAUCAUAUUUAUCCACUAAUGUAUGUCCAGGAAGGAAAGAAGAGUGGUGCUAUCAUGACCUAUUUAAUAAUAACAAAAAGUAGAGAGAAAUUGGAGGUGGGAUGUGAUAAGUGAUCUCAAUAGUUGAGACUCUGAGGUGUUUAAGAUCUGCAUUCAAAUGUUGCAGAUUUAUCCUGAUGAUGUAAGAGAAAGGAAGUGGUAUAGCAAUUUACUAGUGAUCCAUCUUGACUAUUUGAAAUGAAUAUUUGUAGCUUGCUUAGCCAGCCCAAAGAAACUAUUCAGUAACAUUUUCUGAGGAGCACCACUUCUGACAAUUCUUGUUGUUUGUUGGAUAAAUUCACUGUGUUGAGCUCUGUCAUGCAAAUAAAUAAAUAAAUAACUUAA